AUGCCUAAUCCCGCAAUUCUGUCAUCACAAUUAACCAGUCUGAGUGAAGAGUCGGACCGAAAGUGUCGUGAAUUGUGUGAAGAGAUGUCGGCUCUGAAGGCAAGCAAUGAGUCCGAAGUGAAGGCAUUGGAAGCACAGCUCAACACAUCCAACGACUCAAUGGCCGAAGAGAUCAAUGAUUUGAAACAAAGCAAUCAGCAAAUGGUCACAGAUUUGAGUGAAGUGUUGGCAUUGAAAGCACAGCUCAAGACAUCCAACGACUCAAUGGAUACUCAGAUCAAGGAUUUGAGACAAAAGUUUUGCCAUAAAGAAGUGAUCAAAGAUUGGUUUACAGCGCUGUUUAUCAUAUGUUUAGUAUCGGGUGUUCAUAUCGUGUCCACAAAAGUCAGUGCUUUGAGUGAAGAGUUGUCGACUUUGAAGCAAAAGGUGUCGUCAAACAUGAGUGAUCCAGAAAUGGUUCCACCGUUUAGUGAAUUGUGGGCCAAAAACAGUUGUUUAACUCAAGAGUUGUUUCCUCUGAACGCAAGCAAUGGAUACGAAGUGAAAGCACAGCUCAAGUCAGCCAUGGAUUCAAUGCAGACAAUGGAGAAAGAAAUCAGUGAAUUGAGAGAAAUGUUUUUGAUUUCUGAUAACAGGGGUUCAAUGAGUGAUUUGUCCUCUAGUUCUUCAUCGAUCGGAUCCCACAAUGAAAUGACUACUAAUUCAGACGAAACCAGAGAUGAGAUCAAUAUUAGGGAUAUGUUUAAGAAAAUUGAGAACAAAAUCAAAGAUCAAUGCCAACUGAUAUACACUUUAUUGGAGGCUUUAGUCAUAGAGAAUAAGUUAUCGCUGACAGCACUCGAAGACAUCAGACAAUUGGCCGAAGACUCGGAUGACAGCGAAUCCAUAGUUGUUGUCGACUCACAUCACGAAUAA